CGCGAACGAGAGAUCCUCAUGUUUCUGGCUGUGAUCAUUGCAUGGAAAGGACGCAAAGCUACUAAUUGGCUGCAUUACAUCAACAAUGUCUUCUUAUUCUCUAAGGUAGCCAACAUAGCGCUAUUUCUUCGCGCUGAUCCGCUGGUGGGCAUCAUCUAUUUAUUGAUCACAGCUGGUAAGCUAUAUCUCGGUAUGACGAGUUCAUUGAUAAUGAUCUUGGCAUUUUCAGCGAUCACCGUGAUCGUACCGGAGCCAGUUUACACGGGCCCAGAGAAGAUCACAUAUUAUCAAGGAACAGAGCUUUUUGAAGAAUUAGACAAAGACCGUAAAUCGAUCUUUGUCAUUCAAUUCUACACCACUUGGAGCCCAGACUGCAAGCAUGUUACACCUGUUUUCGCAAAGCUAAGUGACAGAUUUUCUCUUCCAAAUCUUCGUUUCGGCAAACUCGACAUAGGUCGAUGGCCCAAAGAAGCGGAGCGUUUUCGGGUUAACGCGCAUCCCACAUCUCGUCAACUACCAACUAUUUGUGUAUUCAAGGAUGCCAAAGAGCUGAAACGUAGACCCUUAGUUAACGACAAGAUGCGCGCUAUACCCUUUGUUUUCAAUGAA